AUGUUCUGUGCGGCACACCUUCAGGAUCCCCUCUGGUCUCCAAUGGCAUGGAACUACGAAGCUUCUGCUGUGCGGACGAUCACGUUCAAACGGUCGCCGUCGGGCCAGCACAGGAGCCCAUCUCGGCUGGGCUUCGACCUGCACGUGGACGAAGGGCAAGGGUUCUUCGUGUCCCACGUGGACACUGCCUCCUCGGCUUUCCUGGCGGGACUGCGCCCCGGAGACCGAAUACUGGCGGCCAACCACGUGUCCUUCCGUGGCGUCGACCUGGCUUCGGCUUUUCAGAUGUUGGAAUCCCACCGCACCCUUCGGCUGAGCGUAGUGUCCCCCUGCUGGACAACAGGUUAUACCUGGACUACCUGCGACGGAAGGCCCACUUCGCCACCUGCCAACUGCGAGGCCCCAGUACACAAGCUAAGCCUGAAUGUUGAGAAAGGAGGCCAGUUGGGGUUGACCAUCCGCGGAGGCCUCGAAUACGGGCUCGGAGUUUUCGUCACGGCUGUGGACCCCGAAUCGGCUGCCGAUUUGGCGGGCCUCCAGGUGGGCGACCAGAUUCUCUCGGUGAACGAGCAAGAGCUGAGUGUCGCAACUCACGACGACGCCGCCGAGAUUCUGAGGCAGUCUCCACACAUGGUGCUGGAAGUGCGUCGUCUGGGCAAGUUGCCCUGCGACGCGAGCGAGUCUCCGCCGCGGGACUAUAGCAACGACCCCGACGGCUCUGACCCUGGAAUCCCGUCGGACAAUUCAAGUCCUACGCAUGAACCACACUCGUCGGCGGAGUCAGUAAAUGCCCUCCCGAAGCACAUGUCGGAUGGGCAAGUGGAGGCUCUGCCCGGCCCAAGCUUUCACACAGACGGUUCUCGGGAUGGAAGCGAAGGCAACAUCUCUCCAUCUGUUCGGCGUCACGACAGCAUCGGUGAGUCAGCCUCCGAGCCGGAGACUAACGCCGAGAGCAGGCCCCAGAAUGCCGCCAGUGAAUCCUCCACGGAUGCGGACACAGUUGUGUAA